AUGGCCGACUCCACCGAUCUGAACCUCGACGAUGCGCCGAGCGACCUUCAAGACAUUCCAGAACUGGCAAUGCAAUUGGUGCCCCCUCCUGAAGGCACAUACCCUGACAAAGCUACUCUCCUCGCCGCUGUCCAGAACCACGGCAAGGAACAUGGCUACAAUGUGGUCGUCAAAUCAUCCAGCAUGCCGACCGAGAAGAAACCCGGCCGCACCGCUAAGGUCUGGCUGCGCUGUGAUCGUGGCGGUCACUAUCGGCCCCGGAACGGUCUCACCGAGGAGACGCGGAAACGGCGCAGAACGUCAAGGUUGAUGGAUUGUCCGUUUAUGCUUGUUGCAGCCGGGUCUCCCGGUAUUUGGACAUUGACUGUGAUGAAUGCGACACAUAACCAUGGCCCUAUUGUUGAUAAACCCCGGCAAGCGCCUCAGCAUAAAGCUCGCAAGGGCCAAGUGCCCGCUAUUCCAUACGACUGGCCACAUGAUUCAUCAUUUACUCCAUAUACCACGGCGCUUGUGAUUAUUGAUAUGCAAAAAGACUUUUGUUUGCCUGAUGGAUACAUGGGAUAUCAGGGCUAUGACAUUUCCGCAACGCAGGCUUUGAUUCCUCGCCUGCAGCGGCUACUUCUUUCCUUCCGCUCCGGUGGCUUCCCUGUAUAUCACACUCGCGAGGGCCACCGACCCGAUCUAUCAACUCUAUCAAGCCGCGAAGCCUUUCGCUCCCGCAACAAUGCUUCCGGCCUGGGAAUUGGUUCCCCCGGACCCAUGGGUCGCCUUCUCAUUCGCGGUGAAAUGGGCCACGACACCAUUGACGAAUUGUAUCCUCUCCCCGGCGAGCCGGUAAUUGACAAGCCCGGCCGGGGCGCCUUUGCACACACUGACUUUGAGCUCCUCCUUCGCAACAAGGGCAUCAAAAACCUCGUCAUUGCAGGUGUGACGACCGACGUAUGCGUCUCGACCACGAUGCGCGAAGCCAACGACCGUGGAUUCGACUGCGUUGUUUUAGACGAUGCCACUGCUGCCAGCGAGCCAUCGCUGCAUCUUGGAACUAUCAACUCCGUCAAGAUGGAAGGUGGUAUUUUUGGUACCGUUGCCAAAUUGGAAGACGUGAUUCACGCAGUGGACAAUUUCAAAGCCGUCACCAUGAAGAAGCUGGCUCCUCAAAUGGUUGGCUGA